AUGGCAGCAGCUCUCAUUUUGCAGAGCUUUUCGGUGCUGCAGCAAGUGAAAGAGGAAAAGAACGUGGCAUCUCUUUUCCCACUAGACUUUUCGUGGUGGUGGUGGUGGCAAGGUGCCAUUGGUUUUGGAGAGAAGGAGGAAGUUUCUGCGGCUGCUGUGCGUGACCCUCCCUCAGGGCCAGCACGCACCUCAGGAGGGGAGCCAGCCGCCGCGGCGGGCUGCGGGCCUCAGAGAGCUGCGCACGAAGCCCGCUCGGAGGGAGGCAAAAAGGAGAGAAGGCUCCCAAGAGAGACAUUUACAGCAGAGACCCCGGGGAAACGCCUCAGACACAGGAGGGCCCAGCCCGUCACAGCAGCGCCACCGAAACGCAGCUUCUGCCUCAAAGAAACCAGUAACGCCCUCCUCGCUCAGCUUAUGAGGCGGAGCGCGUCGGUGUGGGGCUUGACACGGUCGUGCAGCUUUCUGCCCACGAAGACAGAAGAAAUUGGAGGGAAGAAGAUAUCUAAAAGUAAAGAUGUGGCCCUUGUAGCCUUGGUUAGAUGUGGAGGUACUGUUGGUGCAAUUCUGACAUGUCCACUGGAAGUUGUGAAAACACGAUUGCAGUCCUCCUCUGUGACUCUCUACAUCUCUGAAGUCCAUCUCAACACUGUGAAUGGUGCUAGCGUCAAUCGAGUAACUAGAGUUUCUCCUGGACCUCUCCAUUGUUUGAAGAUGAUCUUGCAAAAGGAAGGUCCUCGUUCUCUGUUUAGAGGGCUGGGUCCUAAUUUAGUAGGCGUUGCUCCUUCCAGAGCGAUAUAUUUUGCUGCUUACUCAAACUGCAAGGAAAAGCUGAACAAUAUUUUCAAUCCAGAUUCUACCCAGGUACACAUGAUUUCAGCUGGUGUGGCAGGUUUUACUGCGAUCACAACAACUAAUCCCAUUUGGCUAGUAAAGACACGAUUACAGCUUGAUGCAAGGAAUCGUGGAGAAAAGCGAAUGAGUGCUUUUGAAUGUGUCCAAAAAGUUUAUCGAUCAGAUGGUAUUAAAGGCUUUUACAGAGGAAUGUCAGCAUCCUACGCAGGCAUAUCUGAGACUGUUAUUCAUUUUGUUAUUUAUGAGAGCAUUAAGAGAAAACUACUGGAGUAUAAGACUGCUUCUGCUAUGGACAAUGAGGAUGAAUCAGCAAAAGAAGCUUCGGACUUUGUUGGCAUGAUGAUGGCUGCUGCCACUUCCAAAACUUGUGCAACAUCAAUAGCGUAUCCCCAUGAGGUUGUACGAACAAGACUAAGAGAAGAGGGAACAAAAUACAGAUCUUUCUUCCAGACACUAUCUUUGCUUGUGCGAGAAGAAGGGUAUGGAUCCCUCUACCGAGGUUUAACUACACAUCUGAUCAGACAGAUUCCAAACACGGCUAUCAUGAUGUCAACCUAUGAAGUGGUAGUCUACUUGCUCGAUGGAUAGCAGCUUCCUAGAAGAAGGUGGAAGAUUGAAAGACUGGAGUGGACCACUGAAUGUCAAUGCCAAUGUGGUGGGCAAAAAGAAAGUUAUAUCAGGAACAUGCAGCUAUGGACAAAACAGAAGGUUGAUUGUGGGCAACUAUGAAUAAUUUUGCUGCCUUAUUGUAUGGUCUCUUGGCAAUGUGGCAAAUGGGAACUGCCCCUUAAGGAAUGCCUUUAUACAUCUCUUAAUUCAAAAUUGUUACUUUCUUUUCAUUU